GUGUUUCUGCGGUCAAAAUUAGGCGUGAAUGACACGAAAUAUCAGCGCGUCACGUGUCUCCGUCAUGUGAUCCGUCAUCAACACUUCCGGCCAACAUGGCGGCGGCUUCGUCUGUUUUCCACAGAGUGAGAACUGGCUCUAAAAUAGGAGCUCAGUAUGACCAAGACGGCAACCUCAUCCAGGUGGAGACACGAGAGGAUGAAGAGCAGAGCGUUAAGCUGGCAGAGAUCCUGGAGCUGCUGCUGGCUGCUGGAUACUUCAGAGCAAGAAUCAAGGGACUGUCGCCUUUUGAUAAGGUGGUCGGUGGUAUGACCUGGUGCAUCACCACAUGUAACUUUGACAUCGAUGUCGACCUGCUCUUCCAAGAAAACUCAACCAUUGGUCAGAAAAUAGCUCUGACUGAGAAAAUCGUGUCUGUGCUCCCGAAGAUGAAAUGUCCUCAUCGUCUGGAGCCGCAUCAGAUCCAGGGCCUGGAUUUCAUCCACAUUUUCCCUGUGAUACAGUGGCUGGUGAAGAGAGCCAUAGAGACGAGAGAGGAGAUGGGCGACUAUGUGAGAGCGUACUCCAUCUCUCAGUUCAACAAGACCCACAAACUCCCAGAGGACGAAGAGUUUCUCCAGAGGAAAGACAAAGCUGUGAGGGCGGUGCUGGAUGUGUUGGAAGUGUACAAACCUCAGAGGAAGUACAGGAGGCAGAGAGACGCAGGAGAGCUGCUGGACGAGGAGUCCAGAGUUCACUCCACUCUGCUGGAGUACGGCAGGCGAUAUGGAUUCAGCAAACAGUCCAAACAAGACAAGGUGGAUGAGAAGAAAGGCUCUCAGGCCGGCGGCUCUCAGGCGGCACCGCCUGGGAUGUCAGAGGUGUCAGAGGAAGAAAACCUGCAGGCAGCGGAGGAGAUGAGAAUCAAAACUCUGAUGACCAGCAUGGCUGCCAUGGUGAAUGAAGAGGGGAAGCUGACGGCGAGUGCGGUGGGUCAGAUAGUUGGACUUCAGUCUGAGGAGAUCAAGCAGAUCGCCUCUGAGUACGCUGAGAAGCAGUCGGAGCUGUCGUCAGAGGAGCGCUCGGAGCGUUACGGCCCGCUGCAGCAGCACCGCCGAGCGCUGGCUUCACUCAACAAACAGAUCCAACAGAAGAAGAAACAGCUGGAGGAGCUACAAGUCAAACAUGCAGAGGUGAAGAAAGGAUCUGACGAGGCCAAGAGAAACCUGAUGGAGGCGACGGAGCAGUCGGAGAAGCUGGACAGAGAGCUGAAGUCUUUAGACGAGAUGGAGGAGCAGGCGGACAGCAGUCUGCUGGAGAAGCUGAGAGCUCUGGUGACCAUGAACGAGAGCCUGAAGCAGCAGGAGCAGGAGUUCCGCACACACUGCAGAGAGGAGAUGGUGCGUCUGCAGCAGAACAUCGAGGAGCUGAAGACGGAGUCGGGACAGGAUACAGACGAGGAGAAGGAGAGGAACCAGCUGAUCGACAAACAGUACAACACAGACAGAGAGAAACUGCAGAAGAUCCGCCUGCUCAUGGCUCGGAGGAACCGUGAGAUCGCCAUCCUGCAGAGGAAGAUCGACGAGGUGCCGAGCCGGGCCGAGCUGACCCAGUACCAGAAGAGGUUCAUCGAGCUCUACAGCCAAGUUUCUGCCACGCACAAAGAGACGAAGCAGUUCUUCACUCUGUACAACACGUUAGACGACAAGAAGGUUUAUCUGGAGAAGGAGGUGAAUCUGCUGAACUCCAUUCACGACAACUUCCAACAGGCGAUGUCGUCUUCAGCAGCCAAAGAUCAGUUCCUCCGUCAGAUGGAGCAAAUCGUGGAGGGAAUCAAACAGAGUCGCAUCAAGAUGGAGAAGAAGAAGCAGGAGAACAAGAUGAGGAGAGAUCAGCUGAACGACGAGUAUCUGGAGCUGCUCGACAAACAGAGGCUUUACUUCAAAACCGUCAAAGACUUUAAAGAGGAGUGUCGGAAGAACGAGAUGCUGCUGUCCAAGCUGAGAGCUAAAGGAGCGUCUUAGCUCGGCCUGGUGGUAAACUGUCUGUUGAUGUAAAUGAAAGAUAUUUAAUCUGUACGAGCUCAAACUAUCACAUUAACUUUAUAUGUACGCAGGUUUUAUAACAUUUCAUGUGCCGGUUCAUUAAUAUUCUUCAUGGCUGAUAAAUGUUGUGACCUCUGAUCUGAAUCCUGUGAGAAGAGUUUCACAGUCUUCAUGUGCCAAAAUACAAAAAUGACUUUGAAUAUUAAAUUCCUCUAGAAAAGAAAAACUGUUUCAAAAUGUAAAAAUCAACCUAUAAAUUCUGACAAUGUGUUUAAUAAUAUUUGAGAAAUUUUGCACAAACAGGAAUCUGAACUGUAAAAACAUUUAUUCCCUUAAAGCUGCACCAGAAGAGAAUCUGACAGAGAAAAGUGCCUGAACGUGUUGCUGCUGCAGGACUUUAUGAACCUUCAUCAUCACACGCUGGUGUGAAGUGUAAAGUCUCCUUGUGAAUGAAGUUGUGUUGCUCUGUGCCUCUGCAGUCUGAACUCACCUCAUGUCUGACACUAACCUGCAGUGACGCUCAUGUAGCAGCAGUGUUCAACCAGUAAAACCAUGUUUGUCUGAA